GGAGAUAUACUACCGCUGAGAGUGGUGAUGUUCCCUUUACGCUCCACCUUAACUGUAAAGCAUUUGUCGCAUCGCGUACACACUAGACAGGAAGUUGCUUGUGUACAAAACCUUUGUUGUUCGACCCAUUUACGGAGGCCUUUUCAGUUGUUCAUGGUAGUUGCCGCUCCAUAGUGCGCAGAGCGCACGUUGAGGAGAUGUCACGAUAACGCCCCGUUGGUGCAGGUUGACUCCUUGAUCUAUAGUACUUAUCCGUGACGAGUUGCGUGUUUUUUGCGGAGUUGCUCUCUUUUUUGGGCUGUUCAAAGGUUCACCGUGUGCGGGUCUCCAAACUUUGCUUUACACGCCAUGAUGAGUAAACACUUUUACUUGUUUUCAUUUUCGUUGUUGAGUGACAUUCUUUGUUUGGAUCUCGACAACAAGAAUGGAAAGGUCUGGUUCAGUCGAAGACUUUCCCCCUACUUUCGUGUCGUAUCGCUCUGAGUACCCUCGAGAAGAAUCUUACCGCUGCAUGAUGAACAACCGAACUCCCAAUUCAGUCUCACCUCCAGACUUUUUGAAGAUUCCUUGCUAUCGCCCGGUGCCGAGGAAAGGUUUCUCGUCGCAUCAUGAUAGCUCAUGUCAUCCUGGUUUUUAUGCCGGGAAUCAUUCAGCUAAUGUACCGCACUACGCAACCCAGGCAGCACCAUCAUUCGAUUCGACGGGUAGUAGUCACGGAGGCCACUAUACUCCUCCUCCUCCUCCUCCACCAGUACUCAGCAACAUCAAUCCACAUUCUCAUAGCUAUCCUCCACCGUACCACGGCGGUUACCAAUACUACGCUCCCUGGCCCAACACGCCACCACCCGAAUACGUGACAGACAUUCAACCGGAAGAUGUCCUUUCGGGACGCGGCGGCGCCACCAAUUCGCACUCUGGUAACAGAGCCUUUCGUACUCUCGUGAAAGAUUUUCAGGAGCGAUAUCUGAAAGCCAAGAAACGAGACAAGCCGUCGGUGGCUUCGCUUGUCGUGGAACUGGUUCGUCAAAAGGGCGGCCGCUUUCUCCGUAGGAUGGGCACCGAUUCCGAUGGCCAGGUUUUGUGGAUAGACAUUGGCGAUGAAAGAGCUCGUGAGAAAACAUGUCAGGCCCUGCGGGAAGGUGCCCCUUUGUUGCGUCGAUCGAGGCACACACCGAGAUCAUUCGACGACGUGGUGGAUGCAAAACUGCACGAUUCAAUAAAAGAGAAUGACAGUUUUGAGACGCCGUCGAGCACGUCUUCCAUCGUCCGUGUCGUCCAAGACAAUGAAAACUGGAUGAAAGGGAGUAUUUUUUCAUCCAGCAAAGACCACGACAUUAAUGACGGUCCCAUUGUGAUUCGACCGAUGCGUCGGCUAUUGCAUCGUCGGUCAGUUGCUCCAAUCCCUUUGGAUCAACUAUCUCCACAAGAUCGGGAUUUAUAUCUGCGAGACUUUUUGCCGCCGUGUCCGUCAAUAGGCAAGCAGAGCAAUAUUGCUGCGGAGCCCACGGCUUCGCCUUCGCACCAUCCCGUGGAGUACGUGGAGAAACCAAACCCUCGGGCUACUAUAUAG